UCGAGUUCUCACUGCGGGCUCGUUCAUGGCCUCUGCUGCUGGCGGGGCGCCGCCAGGGCCCUGCCGCGGGGAGAUCGGGCUGCAGUUCUGGGUGGAAGCCUUGCAGCUGGUUCCCGGCUUGCUGGCUCCCGCUGUGCUGCUGGGGGUCGCCUUGGGCGUCGGCGCCGCGCUCCUGCUGUGUUUCUAUGUGAUCGGGCCUCUUCUGCAAAACAAGAAAGAUGAUUCUCAAAGGCUUCUGGAAAGCUUUCACUCGGAUGUACAUGGACAUCUUGAUGAAAAUGUACCCUUACCCAGAAAGAAGAAAACUGAAACUCAACUGUCAGAGGAGGAAAUGGUGCUGGAAGGAAAUGAGUCUUCUUUGAACAGUAACGUCACAGCAUUUGCACUCAAAGCAAAAGUCGUCUAUCCAAUCAAUCAAAAAUUUAGGCCUCUGGCAGAUGGAUCAUCCAAUCCAUCUUUGCAUGAGAAUCCAAAGCAGGCUGUUCUGCCUAAUCAGAUAAUGGAAACUUCUACUUCAAGCAGCCUUGGAUCCCUGAGUCAUGGAGGCAAGGAGGACUGUAGUUCAUGUACAACAAUACAUUCUGCAACUAGUGAUGACAGAUUUCAGGACCGAGCCUUCCUGAAGGUGACCUGCUUCCCUGAAGUUCUGACUUGUGAGAGUUUUGAUGUUAAACUGUGCCUGUAUAGUCUUCUUUUGAAAGAGUUGCUGCUGCUUGAUACUGAAUUAAGAAGGGAAAAACAGGUGAUAUUUAUUCAAGUUCUCAGAACGUACCUCUCUGAUUUUUACCUUAAAAAGAAGAUUACUGAAGAGUUGUACCAGAAGAUUAUUUUGACGCAAGAAACUGAUUUGGAAGAGUUACAGAAACAACUUACCUCCAGACUGCUGAGUACUGAAAUGUCGGGCGCUCGUAAUUCAGAGUACCAGACCUUAGAAGACUUAGAAAGGAAAGAGAGGGAAUAUUCUGAACAUAUCAUAGAUAAUAUGGAAGCUUUCUGGAAGCAGGCAGACAAAGCCGAGCAGUUUCUCCUGAACCAAUCAAAUUGCUCAAGUGCCAAAAGAGGAAAGAUGAUGAUGUAUCUGACUGAGAGAAUGAUUGCAGUAGAAGGCUUAUUAAGCCAGUCUCAGGAUUUGCAAGCAAUGGACAUUCAGGAAAGAAUAUUUAAUUGGGAGUUAAUGGUGAAAAUGGUUGAUUUUUUGAAGACAAAGAUACAAGAAGAAAGUAAAUGUAGACUAGAUGCUGUAGCUGGCAUAUUGGACCAAUUAACGAUAAAGAGCAACCUCUCUCUUUCGCAGAAGGAAGAGCUUUUAACAGGCCUGCACAAGGCCUUCUUGGAGCAAGUAGCACAUUGCAAUAACGAAUGUGUCCAACAAGGUAAAGACCUAAUAGUGAAACUCCUGGCAUGUCGUACAAGGAAGAUAAGAGAGAUCAAACAAGCUCACAAGGAUGAACAAGGGGAUCUACUCAGUAAAACUCAGAAAAUAGGGGAACUUGAUGAGUUUCUGAAGGCCUGCCAUGAAAUGUUAGAGAAGCAGAGACAGACACUGCAUGAUCUGGAAGAAGAGGAUGACUGCCAGAGCACUGAGGCCAUUGCAGAGCUCCAUCAGGAACUGUGUUCUGGAACUUCCAAUGCUUUAGAUGAGUUGGUGCAAGAGUUAUUUCUUCAGACUCUUCCUACCAAGACUGGUCUGUCUUUAAGAGAAUGUGAACUUCUAAAAGAAGAAUGUCAGGAGAAUUUGAUCCUUCAAUUAGAGAAAUGGGACAGCUGUAGACAAAAGCAGUGGAAGCUCUUCCAAGAACAACUGCAACAAGAAAAACAGCUAUGGACCAAGGAGUAUGCUCUGUCUGCUGUGAUGCAAAAACACCUGUCUGAGAAACAUGAGAAGAUUAUCCAAGGUGUUUUAAGCCGAUUAGGUGGCCUCAGUGAGGAGUCUGCUAAAUACAUAUUACAGAAGCACAGACUCUUGCUGUGUUCAGUUCUCAGAAGGUUAGCAGUCCGAAAUGUUGCUAUGGCUACUCUGACUCACAUGAAAAUGUCCCAGAAGAAAAGCUUGCUUCAGGAGCUAAGAGAACAACAUACUCUGCAAAAGAGUUCCUCACACUGUCAAGAUGAACAUCAGUGGCAACUACAGAACGCAAUGGAAUCUCACAUUCUGGAAGAAGAGGAGAAGCUGGAAGAGGAAACUCAACAAACACGUUUGGAAUUUCAUCAGCAGUUAGUUGCAGAAAUCCAAGAAGCUCUUCAGCUUGUGCAGCAGCACAUGGAACAAGUGAUUGGGCAGGCCUUGCUCCAGCAUGCCCGGCAAGAAGCUGCUAAGCAAAGCUCUGACGAUGGAGAGGACUUCAAGGAGAGACUGAUAGAAGCAGCUGUAGAGAGUGUAUAUGUGACCAGCAAUGGUGUCAAUAGACUGGUGCAAUGCUACUACCAACAAAUAGAAAAAAUCAUGGACGGGCAUGAAAACAGAAAACUUCAACAGCUGAAAUCCUUUCAGGCAGAAAGAACUGAAAAUAACAGACUCAGAAAAAAACAAGAAGAAAAUGAACAAACAUUGAAAGAAGAAAUGAAUCAAGGCAUCCGGAACACAUCAUCUGCAGUCCAUCAAAGGAUGUUGUUACAACAACAAAAAUUCUUGGCUCAGUUUGAUGUGCAGCAGCAGGUUCGUCUGGACUCCCUAAAACAGAAGAUAUUGGUAUUGCAUCAUCUAGAAACACAACUUGAAAAUCAGCUAAAGCAAGCAGAACAGGAUUUCAUCACUGAGCUAGCUGCAUUGGCCCGAGUUCUCCUCACAGUGCGCAAGCAGCCUUUAAAUAGGAGCGUACAAUCAGGAAAAAGCCAAAAAACAAAAAGGAAGAAUUCCCAUUCCUGGAGAAAAGAGGAUUCUGGUGAUUUCAAUGAAAAAUGACCAGAUGCUCCAGGAACAUACAUCGGAUCAGUCAAAAACAAAUCACAGCAGCAGCAAGAAACUGAAAUUGAUCAACGGAAGAAUUCAAAGAUGCAGAAGAAGAGGUGCAACAUGUAGUGAAAAGAGUUCUCUGAAUUGUCUGUCAGCCUGAAUGUUGAGACCCAAAGCAUUUUUCUGGACAAACUAAACUACUGUAAAUAUUUACUGAGCAGGAUCAUUGGGGAACAAAUAAGAACCUCAUUCAACACUAAGAAGCCUUAUUCCACAAUUGUGAAGCAGUAUAAACAAAACUCAACCACAUGGAGAUAUAGCAUGUAGCCAUCUUCCUUAAGCUGAUAAUGAAACAUUCCCCUUGGUUCUGUACAAAAGACCAGGAAGCAAGCUCUGUCCACCAGCUAGAGCUCUGAGCUUUUUGUGAAAAGUAGCUGGAUUUGCAGAAAGUUCCCAGCUCACUGAAAUCAAGAAAAAAAAAAGGAGGGGGGGUGGAGACAACACCUCCAAAAAAGAGUUUUAGAGCAAAGAGUGGAGAGGAGGGAGAAUAUUCUGACCCUUUGGCCAGCCAGGAUCCAGGAAUUAGAGUUCCAGAUUGGCAUAAAAACUUUGCAUGGCAAUGGAUCUCUCAGAAAUCUCUGCCUUUAGGUUGAAUAAAGAUCUGAGUGUGGCCUCAAGCAAAUUCAAGCCCAUCAUGUUGGGCAGUGGUACAAAAGGGGGCCUCUUUCUGGCAGGGUAGGGAUGGGAAAUGAAGCCUGGAGAGAAUAAACAGUAGAUCUGAAAGAUCAAACUACAACGUAAAUAAAAUCAUUUGUAAGUACUGACUGAUAAUAAGCAGUAUUAGUUAACAGUAGUUAGCAUUAUAAAUGAGGAGGAAACACAGCAAGGCCCUCAUUACAAAAGUACUGUCCACUGCAGUUGCCAUUGAAUUCUUCUGAAAAACCAGGCAAACAUUUUCAAAAGAGAAUGCAGAAGCAGUGCACAUUCACAACUCCAGCUGAAGUCAGAUACUCAGCACCUCUCAAAAUCAGAUGGAGACAACUGAAAACCUGACGAGUGUUUGAAUAUGAGAUGCUUAAAUCUAGGGGAAAUCUGUGACAAAGUGACUUGUUCCCAUAGAAACUGAAGCAACUGACACUAUCACUAGAGAGGGCUCUGUUUGAGCAAUAAUAGUACACAGCAUUCAAAGCAGCAGGUAUUUAAGCCCAUGGUUACUGAGGUGAGAUGACUCUUCAUUAGGGCAGCAGAGCCCAACCCCUCUCAUUGUAAGAAACAGAGCGGACACUGAUGACAAACGUUUCCUUUUACAUUUCCUCCCGCAGUCCUUUCCUCGUCCUGGGGUACUGCAUUUCUUUAGCAGAACCUAAGACUCUUAUAGGCCCUUUCCACCUAGCAUAUCAGGUCAGAAGCAUCUUUCUGAGUCAUUAAACAGCAAGAAAAAAAGAAGCAAACAGUCUAAACCAUCGCUAAAUCCCCCUCCUCAGCUCUUUUGGCCAGUCCCUGUACAGGCCUUCUGGCAUAUUCUGCUGAUCUCGCUAGGGCCUUUCCUAGCAAAGGCCAGAAGGUUAUAUACUUCCUGAUGUGUAGGGCUAAUUAACAGGGGCCAUCUCCUAAAUGUUUAACCCCUGCUGGUCCUGGAUACCACCCUGUGUGUAGAGAAGGGUAGUAUGUUUUAUUUCCAGGGACCAAAUUAUGGUGCUUUCACCAUGGCUGGUUUCUCCCCCUGAAUGCUAAAAGAGCCAUCAGAGAAGCCUUUUUCAAAGAUGAGGCCAGUAUAGAAGUGUUCAGAAUAGAUAACUAUAAUUAUAGUUACAGGGACAGAGCUUCAGCGUAAAUCGGUGUGUCACUCCAUCAAAGUCAGUGGUGCUAUGCCACCGUCUGAAGAUCUAGCAUGAUAAUUAGGUAAAAGGUUGAUGCAAUGGCACAGUGUAGAAGUUAUUACUGUUAGACAAAGAGUGUUACUAUUAUUGCAGGUGGCAUUUCCACUUAGCUUCAAUGUAAGUUCUUACCUUGAAUGUCUGGGUUUUGAUCAGUGAUUCUUAUACUGUGGGCCAUGCAGAGCUGGUAGCAUGCAGGCUGCAACCAGGUGGUAGCUAUGCUGAUUAAAUUGUACUGAUUAAAAUUACAGUGGCAGCACACCAAAGGCUUAUGAGAGUUUAGAUUUGGUGUGCUAGUGCUUAACAUUGUAGAAUGACUGUUUUAGAUUAAUAGCAGCAAUAAAAGUCUAAAAAGAUAUUUAAUAGACAUGAGGUGUCUACCAUAAAUACAGUAGGCUGGGAUUUGAUCUAUUUUUUAUUUUUAUUUGAAACAGUAUUUUACAUAUUGCUGUUUUUCUGCUUGCACCAAGAUUUUGUAGAAAUGUCAUUCUUCAUGGCAAUCUCAGAUUUGUAUAUUAUUAUUAUGGAGAUGAAGCAAGAUGUUACAUUUUUGCAUUCCCUAGUCUUUAAGUCAGCUCUCAGUUUUCUGCAUGCGUUUUUAUUAUAGUUCAUUAUUUUUCUUCUUUUUUAAAAAAAGUUAGUUCCAAGCAGCUAAUUGUUGUUGGCUGCAUACAGUACCUAGAUAAUGUAUUUAACUAUGUUUCUAUCAUACGAAGUAUGUAUUUAGUUAAUCAAUUGUAAAGUUUUCAUUAAAAGCACCUUUUUUACCUAUUUAAAAUAGAUUUAUAUUUUGCUAAUCACAACAUGGUCCAUUGCUCUGUGUAAUAAAGUACAAUAUAGUGUUUGCAGUUAAUUGCUGAAAAUGGAAUAACCAGACCAUGCACUUUAUUAAACGUGUUAC